CCCCUCAUCCUCCUCCUUUUCCUCCUUCUCCUCCUCGUCCCCUUCCUCCGUCACCUCCUCCUGCUACGGCUGCUGCUUUUCCUCAUCCUCGUCCUCUUUUUCCUCCUCCCACUCCCCGAGGAUGAUGAUGAUUAUGUGGACCUGGGCGCAGCCAUUUUGACUUUCUAUUCAGUUUUGGUGGAUCUAUUGGGCCGCUGUGCACCGGACGUGGACACUACAAAAAGCGAAUCAGUCCGAGGUCGGGCUAUCCUACAGUCUCUUGUCAGCAUGCAAGACCUCGAAGGUGUCCUCUCUCUGCGUUUCAUUCUGCCGCCGCCGAAACUCGAGAUGCAGGUAAAUGCUGAGGGUAUAGAAGUCUGGGUGGACAAAUCAUCGAUGCCGCCGGGUCUUCUGCCAGAACAUAAGGCCUCGGUUGUACGCUUCAUGGAACGUGUCUACGGGCUCUCCGAUGCGGACACCUUUGUGCGUCUCCUGGAGAAUGCCUUCUUGCCAGACAUGCGAGCAGUGACUCUUCUGGACUCUGCCCAAACCGGACAGGCUGCCAGUGACAUGACGCUGGCCCUCUAUCGCUACAUAUGCGGUGGGGUUCUGCCCCUCCUCACUCGUUACGCCCACUUCCUCUCCGUGAACGAUGUCGCU